AUGUCAGGCUCUACCUCUACCUUUACUACUUCUGCAUCUACAUCCCAACUGUCUGUAGCCUCUGCUUCUCUGCCUCCUGUGAUACUUGAACAACCUUUGACACUGUUACCUGCAGCACAAUCUGAUCCAGACAUAUUGGACAGCCUCCUUGAGAAAUUAAGGAGUGGUCAUCAAGAGCCUCAACUUCAAUGUAGGACCAAAGGCGUCGUGCAGUUUGUCACCCUCACCACCACUCAAGACAGCACCCCAGGUAAUCUUGAGAUCACCAAUAAAAACAAUUCCCUCAGCUCAAUUAUCCUUGCUCUUCUCGGAAAUGCAUUGAACAUCAAUUUAUCAAACAAUAACAUGGCUGGAGAUGUUGGUGCUACGGUUCUCGCGCUGGUUUGGAUGGGAAGAUAUAGAUAUAGCAAGGCUUCUGGCACUGCGGGCAUAAUGGAUGAUGAUGAUGAUAAUGAUGAGACAAUGGCCAUGAGGAUAAAGGCAGAAGAAUGGGUUAAGGGACAAUUUGGAGGUGGUGAACAUGCUGAGAAGAGGCUGUAA